GUCCUCGCCGAACAACUCCAAACGAAGCCUUCGCUCGGACCUCCGCCUCCUCCAGCGGCGGCCGGCGGCAGAGGUCGCGCAGCCCUCGUCCGAGCGUCUCAGAUCCCUUCCGCGAGCCGACUCGUUUAGGAUUCGUCUCCCUCCAAUUCGGGGUUCCCGAUCCACGCUCUGUGAUACUUCCUGUCCACGAAUUUGGGCGAAAAGCUAACGGUUUCUCCCACAUUCUCCUCGCCUCGCGCCUUAGAUUCCGGUCGGAUGGAAGGCGGCGAGGGCUCCGGGUUCGAUGGCGCGCACAUGAGGAGGCGGCGGAGCAGCGCGGCGAGGAGGCCGAGGCCGGAGGGCGGCCCUGCCGCGGACCAGCGGGACAACGCCCCCUCCCCUCCGUCGCCGUCGGCGUCGUCCAGGAGCGGCCCGAGGAGGCUGCUGCUGUCUUCGGACGAGAACGCCGCCGGCCCCGACGGGGGCAACCGGAGGCGGGAGUUCCUCCUGAACGCUCCGUCGUCGGAGCGGGCCACCAAGGGGAGCAUCCGGCUGCGUUCCGACGCCGCGGGCGGUGGCACCAGGAAGACCGAGGGUGCCAGCCAUGGUGCUCAGCCUGAGGGGAACCGUGGUUCGUCGCCGGCCGGUGGCAAGCCGGGGAAGGUGAAGCUGAAGAUUCGGAACGUGUUGCUGAAACCGAACCCUGAUGCGGCGGAUUCCAGGUCUUUGCAGGCGAAGCCUCCGCGUCCGGUAGAUUCACGGCACCAGCUAAAGACUGAAAGCGCAAAAGAUUCCGACAGGUCAACCUCUUCAAGAGACAAGAAAACCAGAAAGGAGAGGUCAAUUGAAGAAGCAAUGGCUCAGGAACAAUCAGCCAAAGUUCAGAGAGAACCGUCUUCAGAUCCCGUCCGGAAGAGUAGGAGGCUAGCUAAGAAAUCUGUGUUGGACAAUGAAAUAGAUGAGGACUAUGAUACGAGUAAUGUUGGAACUCCUGAAGAUUGGGAUGGUAAUGCUCUUGAGCUCAAGAACAAAGGAGGUAGUAGCUCUAAGAAGAAUUUCUCAAAGAAAGCUAAAAAUAGGAGCAAGGCAUAUGAGGUUGACAAUGAGUUUGUUACUUCCCGAUCUAGUAGAGAUGGCAAGAAAAGAUCUAGGGAAUCAGCUGAUGAUGAUAAUACUGAAGAGGAGCUGACGUCGUACAGUGAACCUGAAGCUGAAGAUGAGCAAAAAACAGUCACUGAAUCACCUGUCAACGUUAGAAGUGAACCUCUCACGACACGUCGCCGUGCCCUUCAAUCAUGGAUGGAUGGGAGCAGCAGCAGUACUGUUGAGUUCCCUGAUGGUCUACCUCUGGCUCCUUCGAGAAGCAAGAAAGACAAGCUUUCUGAAGAAGAGAUGCUUGCAAAGAAGGCCGAGGCUGCUCAGCGGCGCAGGAUGCAAGUGGAAAAGGCCACUAAAGAAAGCGAGGCUGAAGCUAUAAGGAAAAUAUUGGGCCUGGAUUCUGAAAAGAAGAAAGAAGAGAGGAAACAAAAGGAGCGAGAAGAGAAGGAGCGGGCAACCAGAGCACAAAACAUCGCUGCAAGCUCAAUUCGUUGGGUCAUGGGGCCCACCAGAACCAUUGUUUCAUUCCCACAUGCAGUAGGUCUCCCCAGCAUCUUCAACUCCAAGCCUCACAGCUACCCUCCUCCACGGGAGAAAUGCGCCGGGCCAUCCUGCACAAACGAGUACAAGUACAGGCACUCCAAGCUGAACCUCCCCCUCUGCAGCUUGAAGUGCUACAAGGCUGUCCAGGAGAACGCUUGACAGGAUUCUGGAAACAUGAUGGCGAUAGUUCGUCUGCUGUUGACGUUCCCCAUGUUGCCAUGGACAAGGUUGGAAAUAAUGCAGCAUGAUUUAUCCUGGCAAUGCGCAUUUGCGCUUGAGUCUGAAACCAUGCAAUAAGCGCCUGCAUGCACAUGUAUAGAAAUGGAUAUCUACAAGUAGAUUUUUGGGAAGAGCUGUAGAAGAUUUUGUACUGAGCUUCUGAUAGGUGUACUGGAUAUUCCACGAUGUGUGCGCUGUUUUUUUUUUCUCUGAGAAAAAGAAGAUGUUACUCUUACAAUGUGUACGUUGUAGAUACUGGACGUAGUACGUUCGUGUAAUAAACAGUGGAAUAAGUUUGUUGUACGUUGUUUCUUUAGCCGUUCAUAGAGUUUCUCAAA